AUGAAUAUAACAAUGUGAAAAGAGCGUUGAUUUUUAUCUUCAAAUGCAAAAGAUAUAGGAAUGUUAUAUUUAAUAUUUGCUUUAUUUUCAGGUUUGAUAGGUACAGCUUUUUCUGUUAUAAUACGUUUAGAAUUAUCUGGACCAGGGGUUCAAUACAUAGGAGAUAAUCAACUGUAUAAUAGUGUUAUAACAGCUCAUGCUAUAUUAAUGAUUUUUUUUAUGGUUAUGCCAGCUUUAAUAGGUGGUUUUGGUAAUUUUUUAUUACCAAUUUUAAUAGGUGGACCUGAUAUGGCAAAAACAAAGUUCCACCUAGGGAAAUUUUAUUCUAGCAGUAAAAAAGAAAAUAAUUUAUUUAAAAGUUAUUUAGCUGGUCUAUUCGAAGGAGACGGACAUAUCUGAAUACAGAGAAGCAUAGAUAAAAAAAGGCAUAAUCCUAGAUUUUGUAUAACUUUUAGUAUGAAUAACGAGCCAUUAGCUAAAAAAUUGUUAGAUUUAAUCGAUUCAGGUUUUAUAAGAUAUAAAUUGCAAGAUAAUGCUUGCGUAUUAGUUAUAUCCUCUGUACCUGAUUUAGCAAUAUUUGCUUUACAUUUAAGUGGUAUAAGUAGUUUAUUAGGUGCUAUAAAUUUUAUUUCUACAAUUAUGAACAUGAGAAGCCCUGGUAUUAAAUUACAUAAAUUAGCUUUAUUUGGUUGAGCUGUUGUAAUAACAGCUGUUUUAUUAUUAUUAUCAUUACCUGUUCUUGCAGCUGGAAUUACAAUGGUAUUGACAGAUAGAAAUUUUAAUACAUCUUUCUUUGAAUUAGCUGGAGGGGGUGAUCCUAUAUUAUAUCAACAUCUUUUUUGAUUUUUUGGUCAUCCUGAAUGUCCAUCGACAAGAGCUUAUUUUACGGCUGCUACAUUAAUUAUUGCAGUGCCUACAGGUAUUAAAAUAUUUUCAUGAUUAGCUACAUGUUAUGGUGGUUCUUUACAUUUAACACCUGCUAUGUUAUUUGCUUUAGGUUUUGUUGUUAUGUUUACUAUUGGAGGAUUAAUAAGCCACUUAAUUAAUGAAUUUUUUUUUGUAAGUGGUGUAGUUUUAGCUAAUGCUUCACUUGAUAUUGCUUUCCAUGAUACUUAUUAUGUAGUUGCACAUUUUCAUUAUGUUCUUUCAAUGGGUGCUGUUUUUGCUUUAUUUAGUGGUUGAUAUUUUUGAAUUCCUAAAUUAUUAGGUUUAUCUUAUAAUGUAUUAGCUGGUAAAGUUCAUUUCUGAAUUUUAUUUAUAGGGGUUAAUAUAACAUUUUUCCCUCAACAUUUUUUAGGUUUACAAGCAAUGCCUCGUCGUAUUAGUGAUUAUCCUGAUGCUUUUGCAGGUUGAAAUUUAAUUAGUAGUUUUGGUUCUAUUAUAAGUGUUGUAGCUACUUGAUAUUUUUUAAAUAUUUUAUAUAUUCAAUUAACUCAAGGUGCUCCUGUUUCAAGAUACCCUUGAUUAACUCCUCAAUAUUUUAGUGAUUUAUUCCAAACUUUAUUCAAUAGAAAUAAUAAUUCUUUAGAAUGAUGCUUAACAAGCCCACCUAAACCUCAUGCUUUUGUAAGUUUACCUUUACAAUCUAAUUUAAAUUUAUUUGCGAGGAAAUAA